GGGUCACUCGGCUGCCGGCUCCUAGGCGUCCGGCUCGCCGCCAUCUUGGAUCGGGGUUUCAUUGUUCGCGGUAGGCCGGGCCUUUUUUUGUGUAAUCGCUGCCAAAGAAGAAAGCGAAGUAGCCUCCGGUCAAGCGAGGAGGCCGGCUCUUCCGCAGCCAUAGCCCGCCUCAAGGAUUUGGGAGGUAGCGAAGGGCAGGGAGCUGGACCCUGAGGUGCCGCCGCGACCGCAGCAGCCAUGGAGGACGAGAUGCCCAAGACUCUAUACGUCGGUAACCUUUCUCGAGAUGUGACAGAAGCUCUCAUCCUCCAGCUCUUUAGCCAGAUUGGACCUUGUAAAAACUGCAAAAUGAUUAUGGAUACAGCAGGAAAUGACCCAUACUGUUUUGUGGAGUUCCAUGAGCACCGUCAUGCAGCUGCAGCCCUGGCUGCCAUGAAUGGGCGGAAGAUAAUGGGUAAGGAAGUGAAAGUGAAUUGGGCAACAACCCCUAGCAGUCAAAAGAAGGAUACGAGCAGUAGUACCGUUGUCAGCACACAGCGUUCACAAGGUAAUUGUAUCUUCUUAAACAUAAAAAUGAACUCUUGAAAGGGUAUUCACUAACCACCUCAAGUUUUUUAAUUUGAUAUUGGUUGGGGGGAGCGGGGCGGAAAUAUAUAGUAUUUUUAUUUGUUUCUGGCAAUAUUUUUUCCUUCUUCCCAUUGUUGACCAAGUGUGGCUUGUCCACGACUUUGUUGCUAGUUCAAGCUCUCUAUCCCCCUUGGUAGCAGCUGAUGCCUUAGAAAUACUUUCACCACCUAAAGGGCAAGAUCCCCUACUUCCCUGAGGUCACCUGGGCUUCAUACCCAGAUCUUCCAGUGCUCAAGUUGCUCCUGAAACAGUGUUUGCGGAAGAGCAACCCAGGGUGUUGCUUAAGGCCUGCAAAUAGGGGUAACUUCUCUUUCCAAAUCUACUUUGUCAAAGUUGAUGUCUGUGUUCAUUGUAAAGUGUUCCUCAGCAAGGUUGGCUUUCCAAAGCUUCACGUAUGGGAUGGUUAUUUUCUCUCCAAUGCUUUCUUAAUGGUGCCGAUAUAAAGUGAAGGGAUUACUGUUUUCCUUCUGUUGCCUUCAGUCUGAGUUCACUUGCACAUGGAUUCACAUAAACUGAAUGGUGUAAUGUCUGGGCAACCAAAACUGUUGGCUUUUGAGAAAACUGUCAAAUACUUUAACAUCAAACUGUUGCAAUGCAAGGUAUUUCUUUGAUUGUUCUUCACAAAAUAAUGGCUAAACCAAGUAUUUCAUGUAGCUAGCUUCAGUAAGUUGCCUUAAAUAAGGCAAAUCUAGUCUUCAUAACUCUCAGUACAACUAGUUAAUUGUAAUUUAUAAAGCCUAGAUGUAGUAAUAAAAUGAGUAACAUUAAAUAAUUACUGUUAGAAUAACUAAGUUUUACUUUUUUUUUUUACAGAACUGAAAGUUUUUAUGUUAGUAGUUUGUUUCCUAGACCCUUAUAAUUAUUGUAAUAACUGUAAAUAGACAGUGACUACCAGCUUCUGGUAGCUAUCAGUCCUUUUAGAAGACUACUGUGUUGUUAACUUUGAUUUGUUAUGUUUAAGAUUGAUAGGAUUUUAUAGCGAGGAUAGUAUUUUAUUUAUACCUAAUUAUAUAGUCUGUGCAUUAUUUUAAGAAUACUUUAUUGGGUCAGUUGUCGUAUUUAAGUUCUGAAGUUGUAUUUUUCUUUUCACUCCCCUCCUUCCUUUGUAAGAUCAUUUCCAUGUGUUUGUUGGUGACCUCAGUCCAGAAAUCACAACCGAAGACAUCAAAGCAGCGUUUGCACCAUUUGGAAGAAUUUCAGUGUCUCUGAAGAAUGGACAGAAUUGCCCUGGCUAACUACAAGCUACGGUUCACAGUGGAUAAAUGUUGGCGUGCUUUUUUACUUUCUGACUUUUUAAAACUUUGUUUCAUAUCUUGUAGUUUCCAAUCAAUCUUAAUAUAAAUGCUGUUAAGAAAUUCAGUAUAAAAUCUUAGUUUAAAAGUAAAAUGUGUUUGUGUAUCCUUCGAUGAUUUAGCAUUUCUAAAAAUGUCAAGUUCUCAAAAUUUACCCUAGCCCAGAAUGUGGGUGUAUAUUCAUCUGAGAAAAUGAAGUAAUUAGCCUAGGGAAUAUAUACAGCUUUUUAAUCCUUUAGUUUUCAAUUUUGUAUUUUAAUUUUUUUAAAUGACUAUGUAACAUAUGGUGCCAAUUAGUAAAUAAAUUGCAUGGUUAAAGAAAGCCAAAGUAGCUAAGAACUUUGUAAUUGCUAAGUGCUUCAUAGGAACAUCUGCUUUCACCAUGCUUAAUAUUGAGAUGUUCAUAAAACAUUUUGAAAUGGAAAACUCUCUUUAUACUAUAGAUUUAUAUUUAAGACAUUGAUUUGCAUGUCUAUAAAAUUAACCCUCAUUAGCCAAUAAAUACGUUUAUUAGAAUAAAAGGUGAACUUUUAUUAACGGUUUACUGUUAGUGAAGGUGAAAUGUAAAAGUGAAUUGUAUUUGGCUCUCAUUUUAUGCCUAGAGGAUGGUUUACAAAACUCAAUUUCUGGUGGCUUCUGUUUCAGAGAUGCCCGUGUGGUAAAAGACAUGGCUACCGGGAAGUCUAAGGGAUAUGGCUUUGUCUCCUUUUUCAACAAAUGGGAUGCAGAAAAUGCCAUUCAGCAGAUGGGUGGCCAGUGGCUUGGUGGAAGACAAAUCAGAACUAACUGGGCAACCCGAAAGCCUCCAGCUCCAAAGAGUACAUAUGAGUCGAACACCAAACAGCUGUCAUAUGAUGAGGUUGUGAGUCAGUCUAGUCCCAACAACUGCACUGUGUACUGUGGAGGGGUGACGUCAGGACUGACAGAACAACUAAUGCGUCAGACUUUUUCUCCAUUUGGACAAAUAAUGGAAAUUCGAGUCUUCCCAGAUAAAGGAUACUCAUUUGUUCGGUUCAGUUCCCAUGAAAGUGCAGCACAUGCGAUUGUUUCUGUUAAUGGUACUACCAUUGAAGGGCAUGUGGUGAAAUGUUAUUGGGGCAAAGAGACUCUUGAUAUGAUAAACCCUGUGCAACAGCAAAAUCAAAUUGGAUAUCCACCAACAUAUGGCCAGUGGGGCCAGUGGUAUGGAAAUGCACAACAGAUUGGCCAGUAUGUGCCUAACGGUUGGCAAGUACCUGCCUAUGGAGUGUAUGGCCAGCCAUGGAGCCAGCAGGGGUUCAAUCAGACCCAGUCUUCUGCACCGUGGAUGGGACCCAAUUACAGUGUGCCACCACCUCAAGGGCAGAAUGGCAGCAUGUUGCCUAGUCAGCCUGCUGGGUAUCGAGUGGCCGGGUAUGAAACCCAGUGAAAACAGACUACAGAACGGAAGCCAGUGGCUUGAAGCCACAGGGAGGGUAGGAAAACUGUUGUUUACGUAAAGAUUUAUCAAAUCAGUCAGUACAAAUGCCAGAUACAAUGUAUUUAUUUAAAAGAUUCAUUUUUUUAAUCAUGAAAUUACUUUUCAUCCACAUUGUUUUAAAAAGGAACACGAUGGUGGAUGUUUGCCAAUUUUUGCCUUCAUUAUCUUUUUUGAUAAAGUUUCUCAGAUCCUUGUUUCAAAGACAAAUGCAGGGAUUACUGCCACUUUUUUAAAAAUAAGAGGCAGAAAAUUGCACAAUGUUGAACUUUUCUCCACUAAAAUCGUGUGCAGUUUUAGUUUGCAUUCCUGAUAGGAUUUAAAACAUGUAAUAUAGAUGUAAAAAAAAAAAAAAAAAGCCAAACUUGUGCAAAGUCUAGAAGUUCUCUAUGACUUUCAGUAUGCACACAGUUGUCUUAGGUUUAAAGAGUAAUAGACGUUUCGUGAACUAUACCAUCUCCACUAUUAUCCCUUUGGAAUUUUUAAAUGUAAAUUAUUAGUUUAUAUCAUUUUAUAUCCACAUUUUUUCACAAAUUUGUCCUGCCUUAUGAAAUAUCUGUAAAAUAUUCUUAAAUGAAAAAAAAUGAUGUUCACUUAGAUUGAAAACUUUUCUCAGAUGGACCGAUAAUUGCAUUCAUCUUGUUUUUAUAAGAGAAGGUGCCUCAAGGAUUCCCUGUUGGAUUUGUUUAAAAGGACUUUUUAUCUUCUGUGAUAACCUUUGCCAUGUACCAGGAACUAGGAAAACAAGAAACUUGUUCUAAAGAGAUCUGCAAUGUGAUAAGUCCUCGCCGCAUCAGUCUCGUGCGUCAGCAUUUAUGUUUACACGCAUUGUUGUCUAAGAUACUUCAGCAAGUCAUGUUGUGCAGUUAGCAAACUUUGUAUGUCAUUUCCUCCUACAGGUGUCAUGAAGAGUUGACGUAAGACAGAUUUUACAUUUGCAUGUGAAUAUCACAUACAUACUUUGGUAGUCUUUGAUACAAACUCAUCUGCUCUUCUUUUUCAAGCAUUUUGAGACACAAAGUUGUAUGUAAAGGAAUAUAUUAAUUAGAUUUUUUUUAGUUAGAUUUACUUUAAAAAGUAAAUCCACUUUAAUGUGUACAAAUGAUAGCUGUGAAACUGUAGAGUUUUUCUCUGUCAGGCUUGGGAUUCACUAAGAACUCCAAAACUAGCCUGAAGGACCAGCCGGGCAAAACAUUUUUUAAAUAUUCAGAGGCCAAAAUAUGAGCAAACAAAUAAAAAAACUCUUAAAAGUCCUACCUCCUUAAACAGCCUUCAAGGCAAAGCCCCUGCGCACAGGCAUGGCUUUGGUCUUGGUCCCUGGUCUCUUGGAGCCCCCAUAGUACUAUUGAGGUUUACUCUUCACUGGCGUUGUUCUAGCCUUGGGGUUCCUAAUAUAUUUCAGAGUCUCUUGGUUUGGUGUGGUUUUAGUGAUGACCACACCUUCUCCUCACAGUAGAGAGGAAGGAGCCCUGUGCACUGUGGGUUUGAGGCCUGCAGAGAGCUCCCAGCAUUUUACUUGGGCCUAUGGAAUUGGAAGCAUUUCCUGGCCUGUAUCUUUCAGGUAGGAGCACACAACUCUAACCUGUUUUCUAAGCCAGUCCCCUUGUACAACAGAGCCCAGGAAGACAGUCUCAAAUGUGUGCUUCUCUGGAGCUCAAUUCUAUGCAGUUGUGCUAAUGUUUCAUUAAGUCACUGUGUAUUUUUAAGUACUAAAACAUUGAAAUUUGCUUUAUGGAAGAUGAAUAAAUUUUUUAAAUACUUGGAAUUUUAUUUCUUUGUAAACUUCUACAGAUCAGGACAGACAAUAAAAGCAGCUUAAAUAAAAUACUAAAAACAAAAAGACAAAACCCACACACCAGGAUGCUAUCUUUAAGUUUUUCUGGAUUUGUCUCUAUUUUAGCAUCCUUAGUAUAUGUCUUUGUUUAAGAAUUUUACUUCCUUUGUAACUUUAGGCUGCAGGAUCUUUUGGGCACAAGUAAUUUAUUGUGUGCAAAAGUGUAGUUUCUCUCUUCUUUUGACUCUUUCAAGUACUAAGGACUUUUAUUAGUAGCAUAUUCUUAUUGCACAGAUCUUAAAAUUCAUGUUGAUUUGCUGUUAAGAAGGUGGUGGUGCUGUGUUCCUGAUGAAAGACUGACAUAUCAGGAACAUAGCUGUUGUUAGUUUAAAUAAAUCAUUUAAGUCAUUUCUCAACCUAAAAAACUUCAUCCUGGUAUAAGUAUCAGGUAAGGAAAUGAAGGUUUUUAAAGUGAACUUCCUUGCAAUAUGCAUUCAGGUUUUAUUCUCUGGUACUGUAAAGAACCUGAGUGACUCUCAGUGGGUCAUGGAGCCAGUAUUCUUUAUCCUGACUGUUUGGAUAUUAAAAUUCCUUUAUGUUUUAUAUGA